AUGAGUGUUCCAACAAAUACAAAAUCAACAUUUCCUGAAUGUUUUGGUUGUAAAUUAUCAAUAAAUGAACCAUCCUAUCUUAGUGUUACACCUGGAAUACAUUGGCAUGAUGAUUGUCUACGUUGUCGAUUAUGUAAACAAAAACUUAAUGAACACACAACUUGUUUUAUGGAUCGACAUGGUUUUCCAUAUUGUAAACAUGAUUAUCCAAAAAGAUUUUAUUAUCAAUGUUUUGCUUGCCAAAAAAAUUUAUUACGAAAUGAUUUAAUUCAACGAGCAAAAUCAAAUAUGUAUCAUGUUGAUUGUUUUCGAUGUGAAGCAUGUCGAAAAUGUUUACAAACUGGUGAUGAAUUUACAUUGAGUGGUGAUAAUCGUAUUUUAUGUCGAAAUGAUUUUGAUUCUUUAACAAAUGAUAAAUUAAAAACAUUUGAUUGUUCAAAAUUAUUAAAUAAUGAUUCAGAAAAACUUAAUAAUACUAAUGAAACUCCAAUUCGACAAACUUCUUUAUUACAAAAGAAAAAACCUUCAAGAAUAAGUAAUAAUAAUAAUAAAACUAUUGCAUCUAUGGAUGAUAUGGAUUCAAAUGAUGAACGACAUAAAUCAACUGAUGAUUCUUCGUCGUUAUCACCGAAUGGUUCAUCAUCACAACAAUUAAAUUCAAAUAAUAAUAAUGCCGAAAGACGACCAAGACGAGAUAAACAACAACGUGUACGAACAGUUUUAACAGAAAAACAAUUACAUUUACUUAAAUCCUGUUAUGCUUAUAAUGCAAGACCUGAUGCUUUAUUAAAAGAACAAUUAGCAGAAAUGACGGAAUUAAGUCCAAGAGUUAUUCGAGUAUGGUUUCAAAAUAAACGAUGUAAAGAUAAGAAAAAAACUGCUGCUCAACAAGCACGAUUUCCUGGUGAUCCAAAACGUCAUCGUCUUGAUAUUCCACCAAUAUCAUCAAUGGGUCCAAAUGGUGAAUCUUUUCUUCUUGGACAUCCAAUGAGUGUUCUAUCACCAUGUAAUAGUCAAGGUGGUGGACCAUCAACAGUUAAUGGAAAUACGAAUAUGUAUGAAAAUGGAUCAUUAUCAACAUUACAACCUAUUAAUUCAGUAAAUACGAAUGGAUCAUUUCUAAAUACACGUGAUGGAAUGAUGUAUUCUUUAACAUCAUCACCACCAUCAAAUAGUGAUGAUUCAUAUGUAAUUGGUCCACAUGGACCUUUACCAACAAUGUCAUGUCCAAGUGAAUGGAUUGAACAUCAUCCUCCACUAGGCAAUGAAUAUCAAGCAACAAUGCCAAUGUAUCAUCCGGUUAAUCUUAAUGAAGAAGAAUUUGAAGAACAAGAUAUGAUGAUGCCUAUUGAAGAUGAUAGUCUAGAUCAAACAAAUUCGGAUUUUAGUGAUGGUUAA